CUGACGUUUAAGCAUACAGGCGUACAGAGAUAGAACAACAGAACCAGUUCCUGUGUUGAAAAUGUUGGAAACAUUUUACAGUUUACCUUUCUAUCUGUUUGAGGUGCCCAACCUGAAGUUAAAGCGUCCAUCAUGGCUGCAUCAACCGUCGGCAAUGACCGUAUUUUCCUUUGUUUUGCUGUCCUACUUCCUCGUCACCGGAGGCAUAAUCUACGAUGUGAUCGUGGAGCCGCCGAGUGUGGGUUCCACAACAGAUGAACAUGGGCAUUCGCGGCCGGUAGCGUUUAUGCCGUACCGGGUAAAUGGUCAGUACAUCAUGGAGGGUCUAGCCAGCAGCUUUCUGUUCACUAUUGGAGGCCUCGGUUUCAUUAUUAUGGAUCAAACGCACACGCCCGGCAAACCAAAGCUCAACAAAAUUCUGCUGAUCGCCAUGGGUUUCAUUUUUAUUGUGGUUUCGUUCAUCACAACAUGGAUUUUCAUGCGAAUGAAGCUGCCAGGCUAUCUGCAGCCCUAAAGAAAACGCUGAACGAUUGUCACUCCGUACACUUAUGUUGAACGUCCAAACAAUAAAUAUAAUUUUACUAUA